CAGUGCAGAUGAAAUCUCAAAUAGACUCUCAACAAAUCCCGCUGACAGUUUAGUUCAACGUUUUAUCCCCGCUGACUCGGCAGAAGGCAAUGCAGAUACAAACGUAUCUGCUACCUGUGUUCAGAUACUUUUUCGCUCAUCCGUUAACCGCAAUCCGCGAUGAACUGCGAGCCAUUGUGCUGUAGAUGCUGCUGCUUUCUGCCUGCUGCUGAUGUACCUGCAAUUUUGGCCGCUACUCAUGUUGCUGAUGUAGCUGCAAUUGCUGCUGCUGCUGCUGCGUGACAACGAUUGCACAAUGGAAUCAAUUGUUAUAAUGGAAUUAGCGUGCGCGAGGUUGGGCACAGCCGUGAAUUGUCAGCCAGAAAGAGAGAGAGCGUUUUUAAGGAGAAAUAGGAAAGAAAGAUGGUGGCGGGGAAAGUGCGGCCAUGGGCAGCCCCAGAUAUCAGUAGAAAUGUGUAAUUAACUGUGCGAGCAAAGACGGCACUAUCUGAACUUGACAACUCAACGUACAAUCUACAAACAUUGUACUGCACUAAAUAUUUUGAAGAAGUGCAAUACAAUUAAAGGCAAGGUUAGCCCUCAUUGCCCAAUUUUGUGAGAUCAUUUGAGACCAACCUCAAAGGCAACACCUUGUUUUCAAAGCCUUUAUGGCUUCGAUCAUUCCAAAACAGCCAAUUCAUUGCUUACCCCAUUAGUUGACCAAACAAAACCCAACCCGAUCACCCUUAAAGCAAAGAUUCAUUUAAAGUGAUUCAUGGAUACCCGUUUAGGGUAUCAAUAUCGCUCAGUCAGACAAGCCCUUUCACUUCAGUUUUAAUGGAAACAGCCUUAAACUUUUCCUCUCUCUCUUUCAUUCGGUUUUUCGAUAUUUCACAAUGCAAAUACGAAAUAUAUAAACAAUUGCCUUUCGAGACAAUAUUUACAAGCGUGGCCAGCUGCGACAAAAAAACCAACAAUAAUCGCUUAAAGGGGGCACGUUUUUGAUGCACAAGACAUGUUGCAAAGCAAAACAAAGAGGGACUAGAAAAACUGGUUGGACACAUGAAUAAUAUACGUACGAAAAAAAUAGAAAAUCUACAAGAUGGCAGGGAGAAUCGUUGGGGGGAGGGGGUAAGAAAAUGCUAAGUGCAUUCGAGCAGCAAAAGAACUUGAUAAGUUAGCUGGAAGUGGAUCAUGUGGUGUGGAAUCUAUUUCCAGAAAAUCCAAAGGGGGAGCGGCGUUGUGGAAGCGAGUGUCCGCUUCAAAAAGUUGCCAGCCAAGUGAUCCAUAAACGGAGUGAUUAAAUAAAUUAAAAUUCUUUAUUUUCUUGUUUAUUGCUGAUCUCCCGCUGCCGUUCCUGCUCCCUCAAUCGCAAUAUUCUUUCGCCCACAGCGGGUUCUAAUAAUUAGCACAAGAAUUGGCUCACUGAGGGAAUCAUUUCCACAUGGUUAUAAAGCUUAUUCUGUACCCAGCUUAUUUACAUCACAGUUUAGUUCAGGCCCCGUCAUUUGCUAAUCGAAACUCGUCUGGCGAAAACAGCUCUAUAAAAUAAGACCCGAAACAGAGCACGCAAAUUCAGCUUGGAAUUCGUCCAUGAGCAGAUACGAAUAUAUUUACGGAUACGGAUUAAAUGGUUCCUAUUUAAGUGCCGGCCACUUAACACCGUCGAAUUAAAUCGAGGCAAAUCAGGCGGAUCCAAGAUGCUCACCAGACAGCCCGACUACACCAUCUCCGAGCUGGGCCAUCCCAUCCACCAGUGGUCGGAUUCGACCACGUGCGAGUCCCUCAAGAAGCUGGACUACAGAAAGAUGCCCAGUUCCCCGCCAUCACCACAUCGCCUGCUGCCACUGAGGGAAACGCUGGACGAUUGUUUCAAGCGCUUGACGAUGAGAAGCAGAGAAGAUUUCGUAGAGGAUCCCGUAUACCAGCAGAAAUUGAGGAAGAAUCAGUGCAAUGAACAGCAGCGAAAGCGCAGCAAUCAAAAAUGUCGAGAUAAAGCCCAGUCCGGAGCAACAACGACGACGACAACGAUAGCGGCGAGCUGCGAUUUAAACAAUUUCUGAGAUUAGAAGAAGGAGGAAGAAUACCUAUAGGGAAGCAACCUAAGCGGACUGACUAAAAGUGCUAAAAUAAAACACCUUUUGCCUAGAUCAUUAAGUACAUUAAAUGUUAAGUAAAGAAAAAGCUAUAACA